GAUGUCAAAGUAAUUGAAUUAACAAAGAGAUAUUAAAAUAAGAGUAGAUAGUUUACCCUCAAUAGAAGUAGUAUCAAGUACAAAAUCUAAGAACCAAUUAAAAAGAAUCUUUAAACACUCAGAACUUCCAUUAGCCUCUUUUUAAUCUCCUUCUGACUCAACUAGAUAACAUAGGAAAUUAAAAAUAGAUAAUUCAGAUUAUGCUAUUGAAUCUAAAUAAAUAGUUUCAACAGCUAGAAAAUCUCCAUAAUUAUCCAAAUAUUAAUCUCCAUAGUUUUUUUCAAGAAAAAUGCAAUUUAGAAAUAAUUCUUUAAUAAAUUUAAACAUGGAAGUAGUCAAUCAAAUAAAGGAAACUCCUUUUAAAGACACAAAUUUAUUUUAGAUAAUUACUAAAAUAAGUUAAACUAUGAAUUAAUUACAUGAAUAUAAAAGUGAAAAAGCAAUUCUUUCUGCAGCAGAUAAAUUAAUUAAAUCUCAUAUUCGAUUUUAAGAGAUAGAAUGGAUUUUUAAGAAUUUUAAACUUAGAGAUUGGUAAUCUGUAGAUACUAUUCUUCUAAGGAUACUUUAAAAUUUUACUAUAAAUAAUGA